GCGCCAACAACGGUUGAUAGCUAGGCUAGAUGUAAAAAACGAACCGUUAGUUUGUUUUCUUCUGCAAAAUAUUGCGGACAUGGCGAAUUCUUGUGAUCUUAUUUCUAGCAAGAAUUAGGCCAAAAUUAUCGUUAAAAGGUGUUUCAGUUCCAAAAUGCUUCGUGGUGCACGAACUCCCAGUCUGGGAUCCGUGCCCAGGAAGCGCAGAAAGUUCAAUUCUUUGAUGCACUCGAGGAAGGUUAGGAAGAAACAAGAUGUCUCCCCCGAAGGGAAAAAUCCCAUUUUUCACGGGAUUGACAAGAUGGACGAUGUAGAGAAUUGGUGGAAUAUGGAAUACGAGAGGGACAUGUACGAAGCAAUGAAAGUGAGUGAGAGGGAAAAUCGUCCUGCACUAAGAAUGUUCGAUACCACAAGAAUUAAUCACCUCAGGGAAUUGCGAACAUGCUUGGUGAACUUGCAGAAACACAUCACUGAACAUGAGCAACUCAGUAGGAAUACACUGCAUCUAGGAGUGUAUAUAUUUGAUGUAGUCCUCAAUACAUUCACUCUUCCGGAUAGCGGCAUGUACUUUGUUGCGGGAGUUUGUUUGAUCCUCGCAGCAAAAAUGGAAGAUAGGGAUUUAUCUGUGCCCAGCAUUGAGGCAUUCGAUAGUUACCUAAAUUUACAGACUCACACAAAUUCCGCUGAAUAUGCCGCAACAGAGUUCAGCAUUAUGAGGAUGCUAGAUUUCAAGAUGAUCAUCCCAACUGCAGUCACAUUCACGGAUUACUUCGUUUGGAUUGUGGUAACUGUGCAGGAUUAUGAGGAUCAGCGGUUUCAUGAAGAUUUCCUUUUUCCCACAUUUGAGGCAUUUCUCGAGAACGCUCAUAUGUUUGUACAUAGAUUUCUGGAUGCUACGCUGAGUGAUCCUCUAAUGGUACAGGAAGUACCAUCGAAGGUGGCUGCAGCGUGUCUCUUAGCCACCAGGACCAUCCUUCGCCUAACUACGAUCUGGCCGCAAAAUCUCAUCCACAUCACUAAUUACAAGGUCUCUGAUAUAAUUUUCUGCGCUUCCAAGAUCAUGAAUCUCUGUGAUACACCCAAACCCGAUGAAGAGGUCGUGGUGUGUUCUCCGGAAUCCGGCUACGGAACUUCCUAUUUUAAAUCUCCGAGUUCUGAGGACUCUUUCGCAAACCAUUCCAGUGAUGAAUUUAUGUCCGUUGAUGAAUAGACAGACAUCAUGUUGAGUUCAAUAAGGAAUCCUAUCCAGUAAUAUAAUAUUUGAAUUUAUAUAACUUUCUCAAUUUUCCUAAAAUAAAAGAUAAAAUGGGUAAUUCAUUGAAAA